CGCUCUGUCCCGAGGGGCGUGUCCCGCACGCUGAUUGGCCGGCGGGGGGGGGUGUACCGGCGCCCGUGGCUCCUAGCUGCAGCAGUGGGGCGAGGAGCGGAGCCAUGAGCUGCAGCGAACUAUUCCAGGUGUUCAGCACACCCCCAGCCAUGCCUGUGGAUUUUGCCAUGCGGCUCUGCCUGACCCACUCUCCUCCCAUCCGCAAGCUGCUGAACUCCUAUGAGGAGCUGCGGGGUGGCCGGGGAUACAAACCGCUCCGCUCCUGCCUGAACCAGAAGCCCAGUGCAGAGCUGGAGCGGCGGGACAGCGCCAAGGGCAGCCGGAGCAAGAAGAGGGUGGUGUUUGCUGACAUGAAGGGGCUUUCCUUGACAGCGGUCUGCUUCUUCUCCAAGAUCGAGGAGGACCUAUGCGACCUGCAGCAAGCCCUGUCCGACCUGACCUGCCUCAGGCCCAAGCUGCGAGACCCCCACCUGGAGACAAAGAAAUACACACUGGACUUCCCACAGCCCUCUGCCGACUACAUGGCCUUCCGCAGCCGCCUGCACACCAACCUGAUCUGCUUGGAGAACUGUCUGAUCCAGGAGCAGUCCCUGUCAGGGACCAUCAAGGUCAGGAACAUCGAGUACGAGAAGAAGGUGCAUGUCCGCAUCACCUUUGACUCUUGGAGGAGUUUCCGGGAUGUCUGCUGCCAAUAUAUACACAGCACAUACGGCGCCACUGAUGCGGACACGUUCUCCUUCAGCAUCACCCUGCCCAAAGCAUCCAGCCUCCACGGAGCCAUCGAGUUCUGCAUUUCCUUUCAGUGUGGGCAGAAAACCUACUGGGACAACAACAAUGGGAGCAACUACAAGGUGCGCCAAAUGAGUUCCUCGUCCCCUCCUAGCGCCUUCUCCCAGCUGGCAAGGGGCUCUAGCAUGGCUGGGGAGCAACUGGGCGCCUCCAAGGCAGCGGAGCUGGUCCUCUCUCACUGGCAGACCUGGAGGCGUUUGGAGAACCAUGGUCCAUACUGGUAGGAACAAGAGUUCUAGGUGUGGGUACAAAUACUCCGCUCCAGCAGAGGCAAUGCCUUGCGGGGGUCCCGCUGCGGAAUACACUGCUUGCUACGUCACUAGCUUGUCUGUGUCCCCUCUGGUCUUCGUGGACGCUGCUUCAGCACCAGGACCUGCCAUAGAAACUGGAGGUCGUAGCUCAGCUUGAAUCCUGGGUCUGGGUUCUUAGCACAGAACACAUCACUAGCAGAGACUGUGCCAGGGAGGCUGGGCAGGGAUUGUGCAGGGGGCAUCUCCCACUGCUGUCUCAUCAUUUGCGAAAGUAGCUGGGGAAGGGCUAGGCCACACCUUGGCUUGUUUGCAGAGGCCAGCAAAGCUGCUGGCAGGUCAAAGGACUGAGUUACCAAGCUGCAAUAAAAACUGCCCAGCCAGCCUAGCAACCAAGGGUCUUUGGAUUCGGUGGGGGUGCAGGUCAGAACGGCAGACCCGGUGGGCAUAGAAACAGGAAUGGGAGAGGCUGCCUAAGUGCCUUGUAGUUGCCAGGCAUUUGGGACAAAUAGGCAUCCAGGCCCGUGCUGCGAUAAUAGUAGGAAUGUCUGCUGCACCCAAUGGCCAGCAUGUGUACCAUGAGGUAUGCCUACAUCCCCCCUGAAGGGAACCAGUGGCUGUCACUUUAAAUCCUCUCAAUGGCAAGGGGCUGCGGGACAAGGCACUGGCCUGGCUGUUGGGGCUUCUGUCUCAUUUACCCCGGUGGGGGUGGCUGGCAGGUUCUUCACAUUGAAGAUGACAGACUACGGGUGGCCUGGCAUGGUGGUGAGAGGCUCAUUGGGAUGUGCUCCUUCAGGACCUGCUGCUGUGGGAGGAAGGCUGGCCUGGGCUCGGCUGGCUUUCUCUGAGACCGCUAGUGACACAGCACAUUGGUCACUAUGUCGGUUCGUAUCACGGCCUACGUAGGGGACCGUGCUCACCUGUCUGGUGUCACUGGCUGCCCUCUGGGAGGGCUGUAAGUCAGUGUAGUGACAGUGUGCAAAGUGCAGGUGCGCAGUGUAGCCUGGCUUGCUCUGAGUGACAUCUGUGUCUCUGCAGCCCUUGCAGGACACAGGCUGAGCUGGACUGACUGUCAGUGCUUAUCUGAGCUGGCUGCUGCUGCGAUCUCGGGCCUGGACCACUGGGAAACCUUCCGGUUUUAGCUGUUGUGAAUAGAUUCAAAACCUUAAUAAAGUCUCUGUAUUUUGAGAA